AGGCGCUGGGAGUUUUCCAAUCUGUCACUCCCAUAAAGUUAAUCGCCAGAAAAACAAGAAAGUUUUUCAUGAAUAUCUCGCCAUAAAAUCCAUCGGAAAAUGUUUUGAUUGUUACUUUAUACUAAAUAGGUGUUUCGGUUGCGUGUGCAGUUGUUAUCUGGCGGUUUUAUCGCGUGAAUUUCAUUUUAUUUCACCGUACAAUUUCGACCUAUAUAUCUUACGUGUAAUCGGAAGGGAGUGUUUUAUUUUACUUGGAUUUAGUAACCGAAUUUCGUCAGGAUGCACCUAAAUGCCGAUAUUUCAAGUGCUCUUCAGCAGAUUGAAGCAAUCAAGAAGGUGGUGGACGAGUCUGAUGACCCAAAACUGCAGCAAGCCACGAGUGAUGAACUCAAACUCAUCUUGGACAUUCUGACGGAUCCUGUCUUCCGGAACAUUGUCCAAGUGCAGGAUUCCCUGGCAGAGCUCAAUACACAAAUCGCCAAGCAUCCCUCCAUUCUUGCUGGAGAUUUUGACAUUACUGCAUCUGGAGAUCUUGUUCUCACUGUUCCAGCCACUCCUGAGUUGUAUGCUGAGUAUCCGGAUGAGCAACGGGUUCCUAGUGCUCAGCUAUCUCCUCGUGAUUCUGUUAGUCCGUCCACUGUCGCCCACAACUUCAACAGCCUUUCUGGACCCAUCGGAAGUGUUUCCGAUCAGAUUCUCUCAAUGGAAUCGCAUCAGUUUUCAUCUCUGACGAAGAAGAGUCAUCAGGGAGAUGGAACAUUGCCGCGUGGGAUGACCAGCGAUGAGGAGCGUCCUCAAUCAGCAGUGAGUGAAGCGUCCACGAAGCAUACCAACGAGGUGAUUCCAUCGGAAUGGGCACAGAUCCAGGCAAUUGAGUUGAUCAAUGACGGAACGGGUCUAGGAUUCGGAAUAAUCGGAGCCAGGACAUCCGGAGUGAUUGUUAAGACGAUCCUUGCGGGCGGAGUUGCCGACAGGGAUCAGCGUCUUCGCAGUGGAGAUCAUAUUCUACAAAUUGGCGAUGUAAAUCUCCACGAUAUGGUGUCUGAGCAAGUGGCUUCGGUUCUCAGGCAAUCUGGGACUCACGUGCGUCUCGUUGUGGCGCGCCCUGUAGAUCCCAUGACAGCCACACAGGAUGUGGAAGGCACAGCAAUUGUUCCAUCGCGACUCCUUACAGAUCCAGCCGAAUUGGAGCGAUAUCUCAUUGCCGCUGGUUAUCCGGAGAUUUUCGGAGAUACCUCUACUCCAUCCACGCCAACGUCCUCCUCGCAAGCAGGUGGCGAACAGAGAUUCAAAUAUGGCGGAGAUAUCAGUAUGCGACCUCGAUUGUCGCCUCCACUUGGGGAUCUUGAGUUGCCGGAAACUGAGAGGUUUACCGUGGAACUGACCAAGGAUAGCAAUGGCUUAGGUAUCACAAUUGCAGGCUAUGUUUGCGAAAAGGAGGAACUGUCUGGAAUCUUCGUGAAGAGCGUCUCUCCGGGAAGUGCAGCAGAUAUCAGUGGGAAGAUUCAGGUGAAUGAUCGGAUCAUCGAAGUGGAUGGACAGAGUCUCCAAGGCUUCUCCAAUCAUGAAGCAGUGGAUGUGCUCAAGAAAAGUGGAACUGUCGUGAGUUUGUGUCUCGAACGCUAUCUAAGGGGACCAAAGUACGAACAGCUUCAGCAAGCCAUUGCUGCCAAUGAACUCAAACCCUCAACUCCAGCCACUCCACCCCAUGUGCAAUAUCCAGGACGUCCUCUGAGUGCUUCAUCAUCACACUAUCGUGAUGAUCUGGAACGUAGUGAGAAGAAACAUUCAAUCGGAUCGGUUCCGGAUCUUCUGGAGAAGCCUGAUAUUGUGACAAAGAAGAAGCAUUCGAUGGAUAGCUCAGUGUUAGCAGGGAGGAAGUUGGCACAUGCUCGGGACUCGUUGGAAUCUAAAAGUGAUCAGUUAAAUAAGGAUAUCCCACAGGAGUCGAGCGUGUCCACAUGCGAAGAUGUUGGUGAGGAUGAAGAAGAACUCAUUGUGCACCCAAGGAAGAUGAGUAUCAUUGAGACAGCCAAUAUUGCGACCAUCAACAAACACAAAUAUCACGUUGAACCUGUGCUAACGGAAGAAAUCGAAGCUUCUAUCCGCAAAAAGUGGCAUGCGAUCGUUGGGAAUGACGUGAUCAUCGUUGUGGCACAGAUUCGCAAGUUCACUCCUGUGAGUGGUCUGGGAAUCUCCCUUGAGGGCACCGUUGACGUCGAGGGAGGUCGAGAAGUUCGUCCACAUCACUACAUCAGAUCCAUUCUUCCGGAAGGACCUGUGGGUCAAAAUGGUUUACUCCAGUCAGCAGACGAACUCCUAGAGGUGAAUGGUCAGAGGCUCUUAGGCAUGAAUCACUUGGAAGUUGUAUCAAUUCUUAAGGAAUUGCCACAGGAUGUCAGAAUGGUGUGCGCCAGGGAUAAGAAUCAAAUGGUGCCAUUUACAGAGGAAAAUAUUUGCAAUGCUCUCGGAUUGGGGUUCCAGAGUUCGCCCAAUUUGGAGAAUCUAACUCCAGCAUCGGAGCGUUUGGUAAAGGCUAAAUCCGAUGGAAGCCUUGCUACAUCGGCAUCCAGUCAGACGGAGGAGAAUUUCAUCAAGAUCAAAUCCAGAUCCCUUGAACCUCUAACUGGCCUUGCAAUGUGGAGUUCUGAACCACAAAUAAUUGAACUGGUGAAAGGUGAACGUGGUCUGGGCUUCUCCAUCCUCGACUACCAGGAUCCCCUGGAUUCCAAUGAUACCCUGAUCGUCAUAAGAUCUCUUGUUCCUGGUGGAGUAGCUCAGCUCGAUGGGCGACUCAUUCCAGGUGAUAGGUUGCUCUUUGUCAAUGAUAUCAAUCUGGAGAAUGCAUCUCUAGAUCAGGCCGUACAGGCGCUCAAGGGAGCUCCCAAGGGGAUUGUCCGGAUAGGUGUGGCCAAGCCUCUGCCCAUGACAGACACGUCAACGAUGCAGUUGGGCGAGAGGGUGCCAGUAGAGGUGCCCCAUGAUUCAAGUGGUAAACACGAUCCGAAGAUGGAAUGGCAUCACAAAUAAUAUUGGGUUAUACCCAAGACCGAUUUUGAGGAAUUUCUCACACUCUAUAGACGUCUCAUGAAAUUGGCGGAUUUCUUUCAAUAUACAUCAUCAAUGGCGCGCAAGUGAUUGCUCUACCGAAAAAAAUAAAUAAAAUGACGCAAAAUGCAUUGGGAUUAUGGGGAGGAGAAGGGUGAAUGGGCAUGGGGAUGAUUGGAGAUGAUUGAUAAAUGAGGACACAUCCCCAAAAGAACCAAAAAAAAAAGACACAAUCAUAAUAAUGUUUAUAGUAAAGCCCGUCCUUUUCAAUUUCCCUAGACCAUAUUCCUAAUUUUCAUCCUCAUUGGUCAUCCUUUCAGUCAAACAGGUAAGUGAAAUUUGACUAUUUUCAUCCACCUUUAUCAUCACCCGACACAUUCCACAGAGACAUUCCUAAGUUUCUUAUCUUUUAAGUGAGGAAAAAACUUGUUAAGGUCCUCAAAAAAUCGGUUGUAGGGUUGUGCAGCAAGGAGAAAAGUCGAUGUGAGAUAAAAGAAAAAUUAUCCGAAUUGGACGUGAAAUUUUAAAAUUCUUCUCUAGCAAAAUAUUUAAGUAAUUUGAAAAGUAAAUUCCGCAAUAAAAAAAUGUAAGAUUAAUAAAAAAAAGUCUCCUUCUAAAAUCGUUCCACGAGAGGAAUGUAAUUUUUGAAUUGUAGGUGUUAAGGAAUUGGAAUCGCAAUGAAUUGUCACGAUUUUAAAUGGACUUUACGUAAUAUGAUGAAGAAGUUAUAAUAAUGACAAAUUUUAGCUCAAAAGAAAAACCUAUCAUUGCUCUCAAUAAAAAAAUACUAUUUAAAAAAAAAUAAAAUGAAGAAAAUAGGGAAAUAAUCCUAAGGAAAAACUAGCUGAUCAUUUAGAAAAAUAAAGCCGCAAGAGGAAUUUAAAUGUCAAUGAAAACCAAACCACUUAAUAGAAAUGAAGCAUUCGCAAGAAGAAAAUUGUAAAAUCGCUUUUCGCUGCAGGAAAAUACCACACAGUAUCACAACAUAGUGUAUUAAGAAUACAAAAAAAAAACAACUCCCCAAACUCCACUAUUGCUGAUGAGAAGUAGUGCAAUUUGCCAAAAGGAGAAAUCAUGCAAAAUUAGUAAGAAAAUAUUGUUACUUUUUUCAGUACUUAUUAUUCCAGUAUUAAGAAUAUUGCUGUAUUCCUCUUUAUUGAAUUUUAAUCAUUUGUUAGAUAAUUUUUUUCCUUUUAUUGUUCUUUAUUGAAAAGUUAAAGAGACAUCUUCGAUACAAGGGAAUAAAUUAGGAAAAAAAGACAAUUUUAGAUAGUGUUUAAGGUAUAAAAGAAAGAUAUAGAGGUGAGAAGAACUUUAGUUAUUAAUGAUUUUAUGGAAAGUUUUCUCCCUCAAUGACAAUUUAGUAAAAAGACAUAAUUAUAUUGCGAAUGAUAUUUUACGUAUACACCCCCUCUCUUAUUUUCAGUGACUUAAUUGAGAAUAAAAAUCUGUUGGCCACACAUA